AUGGCUGUCCAAGUUCAACCCCCCAAGCGGACAAGUGCGAUACAAGCAGCCGUGAAUAUCCUCCGGCAAACAAACCCAGCCACCACAAAUACAGGCCAAGAUGACAGAUCAUUACCCAGAGAGACCUACCGCUCGACCGACGAAGUUCUUCUUAAAACCAUAUUCCUCACAAACAACACAGCAGAAGCACAGAUGGAGGAUAUGAAAAAGCAGCUGGCUGUCCUGCAGAUGGCAAAAAGGAAAAUCGACGAACUCCUACCAACUCCGGCAGAAAUCGAACUCAAAGAGCAGAUGACGAAAAAGAUUACUCUCUUGAGCUAUCUCACGAAUUUGGAGAUGACUUUUAUCAACAAUGCGAAAGAAUUUGCCAUGUACCCUCCAGGCUACGCCCCACCCGAUCUGUUGACGACGCGACGAACUUGGUUGAUGCAACGCGCACACUACGAAAAGAUAUUGGAAGGACCGGGCAUGUAUAUCGAGGAUAGGAAAUCAGAGAUCUGUGGAUCUGAAACAUUUGCGACGUUCGUGGAAGAAUAUGAAGAAAUUGUGUUUGGCGAGUGGCCGCUUUCUCUGCCUGAAGUCGAGUGGAGCUUCGUCGAACAUCCUUGA